GAUGUAUUCACUUAAACUCUUCCUAAACUCAUCUUUUCACUAAAGCCCUCUCUCAAACGUUCUUCUUCUUUUUCUCCCUGCUGAACCUUAGCAUUUUUUCCAGUGAACUCAAUGUGCGGACUGCAAUAGCAAGCGUACAUGGGCUGUGACUUGUGAGAUAGGUUUUUCCUUCCUCCCCCAAUGGAUGACACUGGAUGAAUUCUUCUUCUUCAACCUCUCUUUGAUGAUUAAGUUGCAGUUGGCCACACAAAGGAUGGGGAUUUCCAAAGCGCAGCGCAAUUUAAGGAUACUAAAUAUGACAUCCGAAAAUGUUGAUUGGAAGCUGAGAGUUGGUUUAGAGUUUGAAAGUAUAGAGUAUUUAGAGACCAUUGGAGUCUUUUGCAACCGGGUACCUCGGAGAAGGAGUUCGCCGAUCGGGUUUGAGAUUUUCGGUGGCUAUUUUGUCGUGGUUGCUGCAAAGGGCAUCACUCGGUUGUCAUCAACACAUCUGCAGUUAUGGAGAAUAGUGAAACAGUCCAAGAAAAGGUGGUUUUAAAUGGUAUUAGACAAAUUGACUAACAUUUUGGAAAUGAUGAUGGUCUUAUUAGAGAAGGACAAUCAGAGGUUGAUGAUGCCAAUCUUGAUUUGUGUUACACCUACGAUUGUUGGUAUGCAAAAUUGAAUAGUAUAAACUUUGUCAAUAAGUACUUGUAGUUUCUCAUGAGGGAGAAUACUUGUGCAUAGGGGCAUGUCCCUCGGUUUGGAACUCCCUUGAGACUCAGUUUGAUCACCAUGGAGGGAAUUACCUAUGCACAACAAGGUGACCUCAACACUUGUUGCCUAGUUUUCCUAAGUGAGACUGUCGUGUGGACACGCUUAGGGUAUUUCCCGAUGAAUGGUACCAUAUUGCAUUUGAGAGUUGAGGUCAAACACAAGCAUCGUAUUGAGCAUGAUUGAUUGGAAUUGUGAAAGGUUGAUGACUACUUGUUGAGUGUAUGUUGGAC